UUAGUCGUAGGUGGCGUUUCUGAGAAAAAUAAAAAGAAGAUCGCCAAGCAACAAGUUAGACGCGAUGGAAAAUCGAGAUUUAACUCAAAAUCCACAAGAAAAUGAUAAUCAACCUAAUCAUUUGGCUGAUUUUGUAGCACGGAAUUACGAAGAACAAAAGGAAGCAAGACGAAGAGUUGGCGAUGCUGAUGAGGAUCAGCGGGUUGAUGCAUUUCUCCAAAGAGCCUUGAGUGAGAGUAAGAGAAUGAACGCAGAAGUAGCCAGGGCAGAGCGAAGACAGAAUGAGCUUUACAGAGAGCUUGGACAAGACAAGAUGCAUUCUUGGAUAAUGGAACAUGCCUCAGAAGUCACUGUGACACUACCCUCAGAUGAAGGAAUGGCAAUGGAGACCGAGGAAGUUAGCAACCCAAAUGAAAAAGCAGAUGCCAUUAGGUGAACAGUAAUGAUGAUGAAAUGCUGUAUAUAUACAAAUAAAGCUGUACAUUUUGUAAAAACAUAGGAACAAGUGUAAUCAGGCUACUUUAUCAGUUCAAAUGACGGUUGUGUUUCAUAAAGCCACUUGUAAGUUACACAUAACUUGACAGUGACCCUUUCUUGUGUGCCAAGUUAGAUUCUCAACCUUUUUUAUUCCCAUCAGCUGCAGUUGAAAUCUUGUCUUUGUAGAUUAAAAUUCUCAUGUUCAUCAAACCUAACUAGAAAACCAAUUGGCCUGUGUUCUGGUAAUGAAUGUCUUUCAAAGUUUGAUAAGG